AGACUUAUUCUAACAGUGUCAUUUCCUCAGGUAUGAGAAAGUUUCCCACUCAUCAUGAUGUCGCAUGUGGGGCCUGAGGCACAGCUAGUGUGAUCUUCGCCUAGGGGUCCCUCUACUGAGUGUGAGUUACUCACAUGAAGUGGUCACUGGAAGGACUGAGCGCGUUCGGGAGCCUGGAGGAACUCAUCCUGGACAACAAUCUGCUCGGGGACGGCCUCGUGUUGCCAGGGUUACCCAGGCUCCAUACCUUAACCCUCAACAAGAACCAGAUCACUGACUUGGAGAGUCUGCUUGAUCACCUGGCAGAAGUGACACCAGCUUUGGAGUACCUCAGCCUGCUGGGUAAUGUGGCGUGUCCCAAUGAGCUGAUUAGCUUGGAAAAGGAUGAAGAGGACUACAGAAGAUACAGAUGCUUUGUUCUGCACAAGCUGCCCAAUUUGAAGUUUCUGGAUGCCCAGAAAGUAACCAGACAGGAACGAGAGGAAGCUUUGGUCAGAGGGUCGUUCAUGAAGGUGGUGAAACCCAAGGUUUCCAGUGACCACGUCGAGGCCUCUCCAGAGCACCACUAUACACCACUUCCUUCUGCUUCCAGGGAUCUCACCAAUCACCGAGGUGUCCUGGGGAAGUGUCGCUAUGUUUACUAUGGGAAAAACUCGGAGGGCAACAGGUUUAUCCGAGAUGACCAGCUCUGAUGGCAAGUUCCGAAUGCUUUAUUCCGAAUGCUUUAGCCCGUGUCAUGAGAAUAUAAGAAAAAGGGAAAGUAAAAAUAAAGAAAAUAACUAAAAUAAAAAA